AUGGAAGGAGCCGAGUUUCCUAAUGGAAGUCAGGAAAAUUGCCCAGAAUUUUCUGAGUUCUUUCAAGAGGAUAGAUUGCUUCCAUUUAAUAUGCAUCCCGAUUUUCAAUCGAGAGAGGUAUAUGAGGCUUCCCAGAUACAUUCGAAGCCAGAGCUGACUUUUGAUGAAAGUCAAAGGCAUCGAAGCGACAUCCGAAAAAGUGAGACAAGAUAUUCCUACUUUGAUGUCGAUUUAUUUAAGCUUCAAUUAAGCCGCACGCUUUCACAAUCUACGCGACACAAAGAAAGUAGCUGUAUGAAACGAGCAAUUACCGAGCUGGAGGAGUUUGAAAAAAGGGAUGCCAUUAUUAGCAAGGAAAAUAGACGUCUUUGUUUAGAAGAACUCCUUCAAAACUAUAAAAACGAAACGCCCACGGAUUGUAACCAAGAAGAGAACAUUGAUUAUACCGAUUCUAAUGAUAUCUAA